UCUCAUUUGUCUCCUUGGAAAUAUUUACUUGGUACUUAAAAAAACCUGCUUACUCCGUAAAUCAAAGCUAGAUCCAAUUUUAGUUUUAUUUCCUUUUUUGACUCUCUCUCUAUCUCUCUCUCUCUCUCUCCGAGAUUUGGCUGACCCUUUUAUUUCUCUUCUUCUCCUAAGCUCAUUCACACAACUCUCAACAUUUCCGGGGAAAAAAAACGGACAUUUUUUUUUUCUUUCUAAAGAAGGAAAACAAAACAAAGAAGAAAAAAAGUUGAAAACUUUGCAUCUGGGUUUGUCGAAUUUAGAUUCAGAUCUUGAAAGUUUCGAUUGAAUCUCUGGCAAUGGUAAUGGAAACAGAGUCAAAGUUCCAUGUUUUAGCUGUUGAUGAUAGUCUUUUUGAUCGGAAAAUGAUAGAGAGAUUGCUCCAAAAGUCUUCAUGUCAAGUAACUACAGUUGAUUCAGGCUCUAAAGCUCUUGAAUUUCUGGGUUUAAGAGUAGAUGACAACAACCCAAAUGCACUCUCUACAUCACCCCAAAUUCAUCAGGAAGUUGAAAUAAAUCUUAUAAUAACAGAUUACUGUAUGCCUGGCAUGACUGGUUAUGAUUUGCUCAAGAAAGUUAAGGAAUCAGCGGCAUUAAGAAGCAUACCUGUCGUUAUAAUGUCAUCUGAGAACGUUCCAGCUAGAAUCUCCAGAUGUUUGGAAGAAGGAGCUGAAGAGUUUUUCUUGAAACCAGUAAAGUUGGCUGAUCUUACUAAGUUGAAACCUCAUAUGAUGAAAACCAAAUUGAAGAAUGAAAGUGAGAAACCAGUUGCCAUAGAAGAGAUUGUAGUUUCUAAACCGGAGAUAGAAAAAGAAGAAGCUUCAUCAGUGAUUGAGAUCUUGCCUCUCCACCAAGAACUUGAACCAAUGUUGAGUAGUAAUAAGCGGAAAGCAAUGGAAGAAGUGAUAUCUACUGAUCGAUCACGUCCUAAAUACAAUGAUAUCACAACCUCAGUCUGACAUUAAUUAUCUUUUCUUUUGGUUUUCUGCACAACUUCAGAGUUUUUAUAGGUUCUUUGUAGGAAUGCUUCUUCUGGUAAAUACAGGCUUCUUUGUAGGAAUGCCGAAUGCUUCUUAUGGUAAAUACAUGAUGAUAAUGGUUGUUCAUUAUGUGAAAAGUAAAUUCCCAAUUUUGUUUAUGUUUC